AUUUAGUUGAUAAACACAUGUAAAACAACACACAAGUUGUUUGACAAUGUCAUGUGAAGUUCAGAAUUUAGCUUAUGUAAUAAGCUCUACACCAUUUAACAAUAAUGAUGUUAAUCUUAAUCAUUCAAUUAACUACACUUAUAUCGAUGAAACCACUAAUGAAACCGGUGUUAAUAUAAUCCAAUAUAUAGUCUAUGACUAUUGGAUCAAUAAAUCUGAUGAAAGGGUUGAUAAGUAUUGGUUGUUUGGCGGCGGACCGCAAAUGUUUGCCCUAAUAUUGUUCUCAUGGCUUGUAUUUGUUGUUAAAAUUGGUCCCAAUUUGAUGAAAACUAAACAACCAUUUGUUUUACGCGAAAUAAUGAUGGCCUACAACUUGAUAGUAGUUGUGAUCAAUAUCUAUGCCGUAAUUGUUUCAAUCAAAUGGUUAGACUUCGGGAAAAAAACAUUUGAAAUAGAAUUACUUGAGAGAAACAAUACAUCCGAUGAAGUGAUGCAAGAAAUUCAUGAAAAAAUGAUUGUAUUUUACUCUAAAUUAAUUGAUUUAUUCGAUACAAUAUUUUUUGUAUUACGAAAAAAGUCGAACCAAAUUUCAUUUCUCCAUUUGUAUCAUCAUUUUAUGGUACCAGUUUUAGGUUAUAUGGCAAUGAAGACGGGAAGUGUUAUGAGUUGUGUUUUUGGCGUUUUUGUUAUAAUGAAUUCAACGGUUCAUAUCAUUAUGUAUUCAUAUUAUUUUUUGGCGGCGUUUGGACCUAAAAUACAGCCAUAUUUAUGGUGGAAGCGAUAUAUAACACAAAUACAAUUAAUACAAUUUGUUAUUUUAAUUAUUUAUGCAAUUUAUGUGUUUAUCGCUAAAGAUUUGUCACAAUAUCCCGAUGCUAUCAAAUGGACAGUUAUUGUUCAACCAUUUAUUUUCUUUUAUAUGUUUUUGAAAUUUUAUUUAAUUACUUACAAAAAGAGUGCAAAGAUUAUUAAAAAUAAUUAA